AUGGCACAACCUAAAUACCUCACGGGCGAUCCAGCGGCUCUAAACGAGUUCAUCGACCGCUUUGACGUUUUUCUUUUCGACUGCGAUGGGGUCCUUUGGUCAGGAGAUCAUCUUUUCGAGGGCGUGGUAGAAACCUUGGAGAUGCUUCGUUCUAGAGGCAAGAAAGUUGUCUUCGUCACAAACAACUCAACCAAGUCCCGCGCAGACUAUCAGAAGAAGCUGACGUCUAUGGGCAUUCCAAGUAAUAUUGAGGAGAUAUUUGCAUCAGCAUACUCGUCCGCCAUCUACAUCUCGCGCAUAUUGAAGCUGCCGGAGGGAAAGAACAAGGUUUUUGUGAUCGGUGAGAGUGGUAUCGAGACUGAGCUGCGCACUGAAAAUGUCCCCUUUAUUGGUGGUACCGACCCUGCGCUGAGACGAGACAUUACCCCCGAGGACUAUGGCAAGAUCGCUGACGGGUCUUUGUUGGAUCCCGAGGUGGGAGUCGUACUUGCAGGUCUGGACUUCCACAUCAACUACCUGAAGCUUUCUCUUGGAUUUCAAUACCUGCAACGCGGCGCUAAAUUCCUUGCUACGAACCUAGACAGCACUCUUCCGAACAGCCAUACAUUCUUUCCUGGCGCGGGCUCCAUAUCGAUCCCACUGGUGAACAUGACGGGUCAACAACCGCUCUCUCUGGGCAAGCCUAGUCAAGCUAUGAUGGAUGCUAUAGAGGGAAAGUUUCAUCUUGACCGAGAGCGGACCUGCAUGGUGGGAGACAGGCUCAAUACUGACAUACAGUUUGGUGUCGAAGGAGGUUUGGGAGGCACACUCGCUGUACUAACAGGCGUUAACAAGAAGGCCGAUUGGGAGGCAAAGGACGCCGUCGCCGUACCUGCUUAUUACGUUGAUAAGCUUAGUGACCUACGAGCCGCAAAGUCGUGA